AUGUUAUACGCAUACGGUAGUCAUCAUUCAUCAUCUACAUCAUUACUUUCUCAUGAUCAAGAACAACAAUCAUCAUCAUCAUCAUCAUCUCGUUCUAAUCAUCAAUUACAUCGUUAUAAUCAUGAACCAGUAUCAUCUAAUUUACUUCAUCGUGACAUUCCACCAAUACUCAUCUUAUUAUUUUUUUUAUUUCUUAUUGUUAUUACAUUAUCACAAAUUCUUGUUGUUCAUACAUCACGUUAUGGAGCUAAUUUUUCAUCCAUGCAAAAAAUUCAAGAAGAACUUAAACAAAUGGAUGAAAGUAUGGAAACACUUUUACGUGAUAAUGUUUUACCUAUAGAUAAAUGGCGUCUUUUAUUUCAUAUACAAACAUAUCUUUCUCGAUUUGAAGAUUUAUUUAAUAAUUUUAAUAAUAAUAAUAAUUCAAAUUUAAUACAAAAUAAUAAUCAAACAAUAGAUCGAAAAAAAUAUUUCAAACCAUUAUUUAAUAAUAAAUCGAAUGAAUUUUUUAUACGAGAUAAUACGAGUAAUUAUUUUAUAAAUAAUAGAAAACAUAUACAUAAUCGAUCAAAAAUAGUAAUUGAUGAAAACGAAUCAUCACAACGGAAACAACAAAAACGAAUUUAUUGUCAAGAAGAACCUCAUGAUCUUCGAGGACGUUUUCUUAAUGAAAAUUCAACUUUUCCAAAUGUAUCAUUAUAUGAAAUCGAAACAAAUUAUUCCAAUGUAAAAUCCGGCGGUCAAUGGUCACCAUCUCAUUGUCUUGCCAGGCAUAGGGUCGCAAUUAUCAUUCCGUAUCGAGAUCGAUUUGAACAUUUAGUAACAUUACUUUAUUAUUUACAUCCAAUUUUACAACGUCAAGAACUUGAUUAUAAAAUAUUUGUUUCUGAACAAGUCGGAAAUGGAACAUAUAAUAAAGCUGUAUUAAUGAAUGCCGCUUUUAUAUAUGCAUCUAGUGAAUAUGAUUUUCAAUGUUUCGUCUUCCAUGAUGUUGAUUUAAUACCAGAAGAUGAUCGUAAUAUGUAUUCAUGUCCUCUUUUUCCAAGACAUAUGUCUGUUGCUGUUGAUGAAAUGAAUUAUAAAUUAACUUAUGAAGAACUUAUUGGUGGUGUAUUAAAUAUACGUUCUGAUCAUUUUUUAACAGUGAAUGGUUAUAGUAAUUUAUAUUGGGGUUGGGGAGCUGAAGAUGAUGAUCUUUAUUAUCGUUUAAAAGAAGUUUCUUUAAAAAUCAUUCGUCCACCAGCUACAAUAGCUCGAUAUAAAAUGUUACAACAUACAAAACGUGUUCCAUCUAUAUGGAAUAAACGAGCUAAAUUACUUUAUUCAGCAGCUAAACGUUAUACAUGGGAUGGUGUGUCCUCUGCUCGAUACAAUUUAACAUCUGUUAUUGCAUAUCCAUUAUUUACACAUCUUAGUAUCGAUGUUGGUUUACCACCACCUGGUUUUAGCUAA